AUGCUAGACUUAGGCAUUAUUCGCCUGUCUAAGAGCCGGUGGGCGUCGCCUCUACCCAUUGUGCCUAAAAAGUCAGGAGACUGGCGUCCAUGUGGCGACUAUCGCGCUCUCAAUAACGCUACCGUCCCAGACCGCUAUCCGAUUCCGCACAUUCAGGACAUCACGGCUAGCCUACGUGGCUCCCGUGUGUUCUCGAAGAUCGAUCUGGUUCGCGCUUACCACCAGAUCCCUGUAGCCGAGGAUGCUAUUCCGAAAACCGCAGUCAUCACGCCUUUAGGACUUUUCGAAUUCUUGCGAAUGCCCUUUGGUCUUCGCAACGCAGCUCAGACUUUUCAACGCUUCAUAGACUCUGUCACGAGAGGACUCGACUUUGUUUAUCCUUAUAUAGACGACAUCUUAGUAGCUAGUUCUUCCGAAGAACAGCACGCGGAGCACCCCAAUAUGCUUUUCGAGAGUGGGAUGAUCAACUCCUACCGUCGAUUUCUGCCAUGUUGUGCCGACUUGCUCAGUACAUUGACCGACUUACUUCGUGGACGCAAGAAUGGCAACGUCGAGUUGACGCCCGCUGCAACCGAAGCCUUCAAGGUCUGCAAAGAGGCCUUGGCUGAAGCCGUUAUGCUUCACCAUUUAAAACCCAAAGCCCCACUCAGCGUUGCAGUCGAUGCAUCGGACACCGCCAUUGGCGCCGUCCUGCAGCAAUUCACUGAAGGAUGCUGGAAACCACUCGCUUUCUACUCCCGACGCUUACAACCGGCAGAAGUCAAGUACAGCACGUUCAGCCGCGAACUUCUGGCAGUUUAUUCUACCGUCCGACAUUUCAGGCAGGUCAUAGAGGGUAAUUCGUUCGUUAUCUUCACCGAUCAUAAGCCUCUUAUUUACUCCUUUUGA